AUGGCGUCUAAGCUCUGCGACUCAUGCAAAUCUGCGACUGCGGUGUUGUACUGCCGUCCCGACGCGGCGUUUCUGUGCCUGAGCUGCGACUCCAAGGUCCACGCGGCGAACAAGCUGGCGUCGAGACACGCGCGCGUGUGGAUGUGCGAAGUGUGCGAGCAAGCCCCAGCUCACGUCACAUGCAAAGCUGACGCGGCUGCUCUCUGCGUCACGUGCGACAGAGACAUCCACUCAGCCAACCCCUUGGCUCGCCGUCACGAGCGCGUCCCCGUCACGCCUUUCUUCGAUUCCGUUUCCGGCGCCGACGGCUCCGCCAAGCACACAGCCGUCAAUUUCCUCGACGACUGUUACUUCUCCGAUCUAGACGGAAACGCUAGCCGCGAGGAAGAGGAGGAGGAGGCGGCGUCGUGGCUGCUUCCGAAUCCGAAGACCACCUUGCUUGCUGCUGCGGCUGAGGCGGUUCCGGGAGAUAGCCCGGAGAUGAACACCGGUCAACAGUAUCUGUUCUCCGAUCCGGAUCCGUAUCUGGAUCUGGACUACGGGACUGUUGAUCCGAAGGUGGAAUCGCAGGAGCAGAACAGCUCCGGCACCGACGGUGUUGUUCCGGUGGAGAAUCGGACGAUUCGGGUCCCGUCGGUGAGCGAGAACUGCUUUGAAUUGGAUUUCACCGGAGGAUCUAAAGGCUUUACUUACGGUUACAACUGUAUCAGUCACAGCGUCUCAUCGUCGUCGUUGGAAGUGGGAGUGGUGCCAGAUGGCGGCUCCGUGGCGGACGUUUCGUACCCAUACGGUGGCGGUGCGACGAGUGGAACCGAUCCGGGAACACAGAGAGCUGUGCCACUGACGUCAGCGGAGAGAGAGGCGAGAGUGAUGAGGUACAGAGAGAAGAGGAAGAACAGGAAGUUUGAGAAGACGAUAAGGUAUGCUUCACGGAAAGCUUACGCAGAAAUGAGACCGAGGAUCAAGGGACGGUUUGCGAAGCGGACGGAGGCCGGCGAGAGCAACGACGUGGUUGGUCAUGGCGGUCUCUUUAGCGGGUUUGGACUUGUACCUACAUUUUAG